UUUGCUCUGAGUCCGCUCUUCAUUUCCUUUGCGCUUCCAGCAUUGUCUGAAGGCCUCCAUCUGUGGUGGUCCAUUAGCACGUCGGCCAGUUGUGGUUACCGAGAACGAAGCCGGAGAUAACCACAAAAUUUGCAUCGAUCUUGGGGUUCAACACUCACUUCGUUCCGGCAAACCCUCCAGUCUUUCUUCUCGUAAUAGCAGUCAUUCAUUCGAAGCUGUUCCUCUGUAGUUGCGGGCGUCAGUCACGGUCUCUUCGUCAUGAAAAAAUAGGGGUUGAUACCUGCACAGCCUGUACUGAAGAUCCGUUGAUCCCUACGAGCCACAUUGUGAGCAUCACCAUCUGCAGAGAAAGCUCGCCCGAAGACACACCAUUCGUCUACUUCAUCAUCCUCGUCCACCUGCGGUUGAGAAGCCUUCUGUUCGCUAGCCAUCUGGAUCUUCUGAAGCAAAUCGGAUCUGGAACAGUGAGAGAGAGGAAGAAGUUCAGACCCUCAAGCCACCCGGAGGUUCGCAGAGUUGUCUGACAUAGGCAAAUUCCCGAGCUUCGUCGCACCACCACUUAGUUGGUGAGCCACAAUUCACCAUGGCCACCAAACGAAUGAAUGUGCUUGUCUACUCUGGUGCGCUCACUCAGGAAGCGUGGCGAGCCAAUCCAAAUCUAAUGCUUUCUUCAGGAAACGGGAGCACAAUCGAAUCAGUUCGCCACUGCCUCUAUACCCUUCGACGGCUACUUUCGCCCAACUAUGCUGUUAUCCCCGUCACUGGGGAUAUGCUUAUAAAGGAACCGUGGACAGCAAGUUGUGCUGCUUUAGUGUUUCCAGGCGGCGCCGACCAGGGUUACUGCAGAACCCUCAAUGGCGAUGGGAACAGGCGGAUUCGUCAGUUCGUCGAGCGCGGCGGCACCUACAUUGGAUUUUGUGCUGGUGGCUACUACGGCAGCAAGCGGUGCGAAUUCGAGGUAGGAGAUAAGCUCAUGGAAGUUGUUGGCGAUCGAGAACUUGCAUUCUACCCUGGAGUCGCUCGAGGCUGUGCGUUUCCGGGAUUUGUCUAUCAUAGCGAGAAAGGCGCUCGGGCUGCAGAUCUCAGAGUUGACAAAACCGUUUUAUCGGCUGGAGCAGUGCCCAGUGUCUUCAAGUCUUAUUACAAUGGUGGUUGUGUCUUUGUGGAUGCGCCAAAGUUCAAGGAUCAAGGCGUCGAAGUCCUUGCCAGCUACCUAGAGCCUAUUGCAGUUGAUCCGGGGGAAGGUUCCGCUGCUGUUGUAUACUGCAAGGUUGGUCAAGGUGCAGCGUUACUGACAGGACCACAUCCAGAAUUUGCAGCUGCCAACCUUGAGUCCAAACCAGAUGCCCCGGGCUUCUCAGAGGUUAUCGCGACCUUAGCAGCCGACGAGAAGCACCGGAUGGACUUCGUCAAAGCAUGCCUGACCAAGCUCGGCCUCACCGUGAGCGACGAACAAAAUGUACCGUCCCUUUCCUACAUGCAUUUAUCCUCGUCCACUCCCACCGAAACAGCCAACAUAUUGUCUUCAAUAAGCCACCUUAUUGAGAAGGAUGAACGGUCGGAAGAAUAUUUCAAGGAUGAAAAUGACACAUUCCACAUCAUCCGGCCAUCAACCUGGAGAAUGGUUGAUUUGGCUACAGCAUUGCCUUCGCACACUGACGGCAAGGAAGUUGCUGACCAGCUCGAUGGCAGCUCCGACCGAAUAGUCGACUAUAAUACGGUAACGAAACAUAUCAUCGUUCACGACGACGAUUACCCCGAGUCGAAAUCAACACCAUAUUUCAACCACCAGGCCUUCUAUGCAAAUCUCCACCACUAUCAAUCCCAGCUCCCCGGCGCAUCGAAUUUUGGCGCUCAUCUACUCUACGGCGAAGUGGUGACUUCCACGAAUACGUUGCUUGAGAAGAACACUAAGCUGCUUCGGAAUCUUCCCCAGGGUUUCACAGCCACAGCCACGGUCCAGGUUGCUGGCAGGGGCAGAGGUUCCAAUGUCUGGGUUUCACCCCCGGGGAGUCUAAUGUUCAGCACCGUCAUUCGACAUCCCAUGGCCCAGAUGCAAGCUGCUCCGGUCGUGUUCGUUCAGUACCUGGCAGCCAUGGCGAUAGUGCAGGGCAUCAAGUCUUACGACGGCAGACUUUACCGAGAUCUGCCUAUCAAGUUAAAGUGGCCGAAUGAUAUAUUUGCUUUGGAUCCUGCCAAAGCCAAGGAGAAUGGUGGCGAUAAGAACGAGAACUAUACCAAGAUUGGUGGCAUCUUGGUCAACAGUCAUUACAACAGCAAGGAGUACAUUGCCGUGUGUGGGAUCGGUCUGAAUACAGCCAAUGCUGCGCCCACCACGUCGCUGAACCAACUCACGCAGUUCCUCCCGCGUGACGUGGAACCAUUUACGCUAGAAAAGCUGCUGGCGAGAGUCCUGACUGUCUUUGACGACCUCUAUGCUCGAUUCUUAGUCACGGGGUUCGAUGAAGUCAUGGAAAAGAUGUACUACGAGCAUUGGCUGCACAUGGACCAAAUUGUCACUCUAGAAGCUGAGGGUGGUCAACGAGCACGGAUCAAAGGUAUCACCAGGGACUAUGGUCUGCUUAUCGCGGAGGAGCUAGGAUGGGAAGAUCGGGAGACUGGCAGAAGGUGGACUUUGCAGAGUGACGCCAAUAGCUUUGAUUUUUUCAAAGGUCUUGUCAAGAGAAAGCUUUGACGCACAGGUUUGAACAGGAAAGUAACAGCCCUACCGUCAGGUCGGUCUUGGCCUCAGCCUAACCGGCUGUAGACCUUUACCGUCGUAACGGCUUUUGGCUGCAAAUCAAGCCUGAUGGAUAAGCCAUAUAGAUCGCAUUGAGCAGGUUCACAACCUACAGCUCGCACACUUGGCCAUACGCCACGCACCAGUAACUUGAAGCACGUCCGAGGUGGUUACUGCCAGUGCCACUCCUCAGCAGCUUUGGCCAGCUAGGGCGCACGUCAGCCCACAGACCUGCUGCAACAGUGUCACUCGAUGUGGCUGCAGUAACUGAGAGUCAAGGAUUGGGUGUGGACCAUGAGCCUCCACCGAAAGAUGUUGACGAUGCACAAGAGUGGCUCCCGAGUUCGGACUUGCAACUGACUGAGGUAUGCUCACAGAAUCCUUGGCGUCUGGCUCUCUAUCAAAAGGAUGGAGAAACGCACAUCCGUGACUAUCUCAGAAACUGGGCUGAGGAGUCUGCCUGACACAGUGCCUGGACAUGAGCUUGUGCUGCUGAAGAGUAUGUUUGUACGAACUUGGUUUAGUUGAGACAACGCGUCAAAGGCACCCUCUGGCGUUGGAUCGCGCUGGAUUCCGUAUCGAGACACAUUGCCUUACUCUUCACCUAUAGCCGGCGUGGGACUGAGUUCUUCCAUGAGCAGCUGCGAAAAGAACCUUGCCUCAGGACUAGCCAGCUAGAGCAGGUCAGUCAGCUUGUGGCUUGGCGUGGAAUGCAGACAAUCGACGAUCUUGUCCUCAGGCUCUGCGGAAAUUUGAAACCUGGGGCCAUGGGAGCCUCAUGACGCUUACAAUAUCCUUGUGUCAUCAGCUUGGACAGACGAGGAUUGUGUUGCAUACUCAGUCCAACGAUGCUCAGGACACUGCAGCGAGUAAGCCCACUGGCACCUUGUUGUGAUGGAACUCCGCUGGUGUCGAAAGUUUCGCAAGCAGUGGAAGCCAUACCCUGUUCCAGUUACAUUCACGACCUGAUCACCGCCAUUUCCACUCUUGGAAUGGCCUUCUCUGAUAUGUUGUUUAUCGGCUGGGGAGACCAGCUGUUACAGAAGCUGGUUGUCGGGUGUCAUGGCGACGCGCCGUCACAUCAGGCCCAUGUCCCACUGGAUUCCUCCAAAUGAACAAGGGUUUGGAAUUUGCGCAGCCUGAACGCUUGAACGUACCCGUGGAGCCUAUUUGCUGGUCACAUAAUGAUCGCAUCUGCUGUUGACAGAAACUUCCUUCGUCUGGCCUUGACUUUACCAUACAACUAGUACGAGCUGUUCCUUGCGGUGGGAUGGGCAAUGUGUGGAGCUCAAGAGAUACCGUUGGCUGGUGCAGCCGCCGUACAAGGCAGCUGGACUCCCAGGCUCGCGUGCAUUCGUGGGUGGCGUCCCGCAACCUUACAUGGCCCUCGGAUGUCAGACCGUUGGAGGGACCGGGCGUUUGAUUGGCACAUGGCACUCGAGUCAAGGAAUACCAUACCAGCUCCAUACCCCAGUUCUCGCUAAUGUUCGGGCGUAGUGGCUUGCCUCUGCUAUAGUUACU